AUGCCCACGGAUGAACUGCAGAUCGACUCGUCCGCAAUUCCGUGGAGCGACACAGGAAGGAACCUAAUGAAACGAGAUGAAAGCCCUGCUUCGCCCCUGGAGCCACUCGAAGUUCUAAGAUUGCAAGCAGAUUGCCAGGAGUUCCGCAAAGCGUUCGAUGACAACAUGAAGAAUAAGCCAAUCCAUCACGACCAUGGAUACGUGCUUCUCCUGUCAUGGGAGGACGAGCUCGACGACCUCCAAGUAAAGGACGAGGUAUUCGAACUGCAGCGGGUGUUUACUGACGAGUACGGCUUCGACGUCACUUGGAAGAAGCUGGACAACAAAAGACCCAAACACCAGCUGAACUGCUUCUUAUCCGAAUUCAUGUAUCAGCAUGACAACGAGUACACCCUUCUAAUAAUAUACUAUGCUGGUCAUGGUAGUUAUCGCGACAAUAGUGUACACUUGCAUGCGUCGACAAGCCAGCAAACGGACGCCGAGAAAGCGAGAAAUCACAUUGCCUGGUCCGGCGCCGAGGACAAUAUCACUCCCACUGAAGCGGAUGUCCUCGUCAUCUUUGACUGCUGCGAGGCGGGAGGACUAGGCGGACUCAAGGUCCGCCAUUCUAGGCCCAGCUUCGAGUUUAUCGCGGCAUGCGGAAAGAAAGAACGAACUCCGCGCCCUGGGGAGCGUUCUUUCACUAGUGGUCUGAUGUGGGCUCUGAAGGAACUACGAGAGGAUUACCCGUUCUCAGCAAUCACUCUGGUGGAGAAGAUCAAAAAGUAUCCCCUCCUUCUUGAGACUCAGAGCCCAGAGCUGCUGCGCAGAAAUGAGUUCGCAGAUGGUCUUGUCUGGAUUUCACCUCUAAAUGUGGUGGGUCCCAAACCGGAAGCGGCGGUUCAGAGCGUGAAGCGGGAUCCGCGACACGAGUACAUCGAUCUCCGGUUCAACUUCUAUCGGAGAGUAAAGACCGAGGAUGCUAAAAACCUAGCGAAACAUCUCAGCCCCCUCGUUAGCAGCGAAGAGUCCUUUGGCGCAAAGCAUAUCACCUUGCUCGACAUCUCAUCAACAUUCUCAAAGGCGGUGGCUGGAUUCCAAAGUUCCAGCAUGGCGAGCAAGCGUAAGUCAUUGACGCCGACGCCACAGAUCAUGCAGUAUUCCCACGAAGAGGACUCUGAGGGUUGCCCGCCAACUAAAAGAUCCAGACAAGACGACGCUCGCGGCCCUUCAUCAAAUCAAGACUAUGCCGAACCUAGCAUUUAG